AUGACAGGAUCGCCCCAGAAAAAACAUUUGGGUCAAGGGAUUCAAAAACAAAAUGAGCUAUACCAGGGCCAAAAUGAACUCUCAACCAUCGGUAUGCGUAUUCGUCAGUCUGUGGAUCGUGGUUACCAAAUAGGUGGUAAUCAUCAACAGCAGUUGUCGUCGUCUUCGACGACGACAACAUCCACGAUACCACGUGACGCAUGCAUGGUACAAGAUAAUUCUGAAUUGACGAUUCCUAUGUACAAAAGGGUGCCCAUGCCAGGUGCCAAGCAGCCACCAAUGUUGGUGAAUGCACGCACAAUAUCGAGUUCGAGUUCCCUGGAGAUAUGGGAGAACGAACUGGACCAAAGACUCGAGCUCAUCGACAACGACAUUAUGCGCAACAAGCGGGCGUUCGACCAAGUAGAAGACUGGUGA